AUGCAUUUCUCCACGUCCGCUACCUUAUUAGGCUUGGCUCUGCCCACGGCAUUGGCCCUUUGCCCUUAUGCUGAACAGAUGAAAGUUGACAAGCGGAAUACGCCACCUCCUCAUCCGCAUACACCGCGCGAUUUGCCCACCUCAGAUAAGAAAGGCAUCUUCUACAUGAAUCGUAUUGCUCCCGGUACAUCUGAGCUCUAUGUUGCCAAUGUGGAUGGUUCCAAUGAACGACCUUUACUAUCUAAUUCUAUCUACGAAUACCAUGCUACCUUCUCCCCUGAUGGGGAAUGGAUCACCUUCACCGGAGAGCGCAACGGCGAUGGCAACUCAGAUAUCUACCGUGUCCGAACAAAUGGCUCCGAUCUCGAAGAGCUAGUAGCGACAUCCUCUGUGGAAGACGGAGCCGUCAUGUCUCCCAAUGGCAAGCAAGUCGCCUAUGUGUCCACUGCCAAUGGUUAUAAAGCCAACAUCUGGGUCUUGGAUUUGGAGAGCGGCAAGAAAUGGAACCUGACCGAUACUGCCUCAAUUGCCGCCAAUGCCACUCUACCAGACGGAUAUUUCCGUCCCUCAUGGUCUCCUGACGGCCAAUGGAUUGCUUUUUCGUCGGAUCGUAACUCGGGAUGGUACGGCCAUGGAGACCCAACCUUUCUGGGUGUGACAGGAUGGGAGCAUACACAGGAGCUCUCCAUCUACGCUAUUCGUCCUAAUGGAUCUGAUUUCCGUUGCGUGGCCGCAAAGUCAGGCUACUCUCUGGGCUCCCCCAAGUGGUCUCCCAGCGGCAAGCGUAUUCUCUUCUACGAGAUGACCCGUGAAAACACCUGGAACUCUCACCGUCCCGAGUCCAUUGACUCUGCAAACUCCACCCUGGUUUCCGUAGACUUUGCCACAGGCGCUGAUCGUCGCGUUGAAGUCGAGGGAUCUGGCGUGAAGAUCUUCCCCCAAUACCUAUCUGAGAGCACGAUUGCCUACUUUGCCAAAGGUGCCGGUAAGGAAGGUCUCCACACAACCAAUGGUGGAUUCGUGAAUACCUCGAGCGUUACCAUUCGUUCCCCUGCCUGGUCUGCCGAUGGCAAGAAAGUGGUCUACGAGAAGACCACCUGGUCUGUCCGUCCCAUGGACAAGAAGCUUUACAGCUGGGACACGGACUGGGAGUACCGCUUCACCGAUGUUUUCCCUCAGCUGUCCAACACAAACAUGAUUGCCAUGACCGAGAAGCAACUGGGCAAUUCCUCCAUCGUCUCUCUGAAUGCCAACGGCACAGACGAACACCUAGUCUACAACGACAUGGCCUCCGAUUUCCUAGACUCAUCCUCUAUUGCCAUGGGCACAGCAGGUGCCUUCAACCCUGCCUGGUCCCCCGAUGGAAAUUGGCUCGCCUUCGGCGUUGGCUUCUGGUUCCAAGGCCGAGCCACCGGUGGUGGCUGGCUGGUGCGUGCUACCGCCAACGGUACAUACUCAGAGGUAUUGCUGGAUAGCCAGACAACCCUGGAGAGCAACAGCAGCGUUAUAAACCACGGAUUCCCCAGCUACUCGCACGACGGCAAGAAGAUCGUUUACCGAGUUUGGGGAACAAACUCGACCCUGGGUGAUAAGUCCCAGCUCGGUCUCCGCCUCCUCGAUCUACAGACUCGAAAGGUCUCUGUCCUCACUACGGAGUGGGACAAUCUACCCUUCUUCUCCCCAGAUGGCGAGAGAAUCGUUUUCACCCGCAAGACCAGCUCUUACAACUAUGAUAUCUGCACGAUGCGCUCUGAUGGUUCGGACAUCAAGGUGCUGACCAGUAGUGGUGCCAACGAUGCCCACGCUGUUUGGACUUGGGAUGGUCGCAUUGCCUACUCUACUGGCAUGUUCGGCUUCCAGUAUGAGUGUGCGCUGUACGAUCAGACUUUCCAGCCUUAUGGUCAGGUUGUUGUUAUGGAUGCUGACGGGUCAAAUAAGCGUGUGCUUACUGACUCUAUUUGGGAGGAUUCUAUGCCGAUGUUUGUGCCAAACGAGAAGCUUCAUGGUAUCCACAAGACGGCUAGACGGGAUUAUCGGGGUCGUUUCUGA